AGUGCAGCUUGGGGUUCCCUGCCCUCCCCGAUCACUCCUGCUUAGCGUAAAAUGUCCAAAGUAAAAGGAGCUCGGCUUCAACUUCCCAGCUUCCAUUAAACUCUCUCUUCUUCUUUCUGUUCUUGCUCUAGUGCUCUGCUCGCUCUCUUCUCAUCCAUUCAUAUUUAUUCUUUCGAUUACCCUUGUCCAUAACAAUUCCAUCUUCCGGACGUACAAGAACUCUCUCUCUCUCUCUCUCUCUCCGUGGCUCUGUUUCGAUCUCUCUUUCUGGAUCUACAGCCUCUCUUGAACUUCGAUACCUGUGGUCUUCGCUGUAUUUGUGACUCAGGUGACUUUUUGAUGAGCUGAUGAGGAAUUGCUAUUGAUUGAGAAACAUAAUUAAGUACCAUGUCUGAUCACGUUACACAAUCCUAUAAAGAUAGUGAUGCAGUGGCUGAAAACCGAUCUCUUUGGAUGGCUCAUUGGAUGAGAACAAGUUGUAAGCCAGCCACUCAGGCUUGCAGUAAUUUAUCGAUCGGUUACGAGUCCAAGGAAGAAGUUCGUGAGAGGCACCCUGUACAUGGUUGGCCAGAGAGAGCGAUAGAAAUUUGUGCUGGAGGAUUUAGAGAAGUAACUAAAGCCAAGGAAGUUGAUAUUAUCAAUGAUAAUGAGAAUAUGAAAAGAAGUUCAAAACGAUUAAUGAGAGAGAGACAUGGUUACCGAUCCUUUCCCAUGUUCAAUCUUUCUCAAGAGAGACAGGUUGGUGUUUUGGCUUUAAAGAAUGAUGAAGCCAUGCGUCAUGGGGGAGUACUGAGUUCUCAAAAUGAUUCCAGGGUUGGGCAUAUUACUGGUUCUCUCCACAGAAGUGAGAGUCAUUUACCUUCAAAAUCUUCAGGGGCUCCUCCUGAAAUGGACACUCUUGAAUGUCGUUUUCAACCUGGAGGCAUCUCUCAGUCCUCAGAGCAGCAGGUGAAAUCGCAUAAAGAUCUUGAAACAAACAGCUUAGCUGUUUCAACGUCUCUUCAGGAUGAUUUUAUGAGAUCAAGUUUAAAAAUUGUGCCACAUGGAAUUAACAGCGGACUGCCUGGACAAGAUGAAACAAACCAAUCAAACUCCAUUAUGGCAUCAGAAAAACUCGUUCAUGACACUCAUCACAACCAUUCCACUAUCUUGGUUCAUGAGAAGAAAUUCAGUAACUUAUUAGACUCCAUAACAUCUGGCAAGUCCUUUUUGAGGCAGAAGGCUUACUACGUUGGUAAACAGAGCAGCCCCCCAGAGAUGGCCCAAACAGAAAAAUUAUAUCAUGAACGUUAUUCACUACCAAGACUGCCGUACUCUGUUGAUGAUGUGGAGGCUAUGAGAGCCUACACCACCAAUGACUCAAUGAGGGGAGCAGCUAAAAGUCCUAUUAAAUUCUCCCAAACAGCUCAGCAUAUUAUGAUCACGGAAAAGACCGAUGUAGACUUAUCUGAUAAACUCCAAGGAAAAGAUUUAAGUGACAUUCUCAGUUUAUCUCCAGAUUUUGGUUUCCACAUUCAAAGAGGAGUGAAACUGCAGCCUUUGGAGAGCUCCACAGAAAGUGAGGGAAAAGAAAAUGUUAGAGAUGUAAAUGUUCCAGUUGGACUGAGGAACGAAUCAUCAGCUGAAACUGAUACUAUGGACAUGGAUGUUUUCCAGGAGAACUAUCUUCCCGGUGUUGCUUCAUCCUCAUCUAGAAAGUGCCUCAAGGGGAAGUCACAAAAAUCUCAAGCUGCAGAUGCUUCGGCUAGAGUAGAAAUGGAGGGAAGACCCCUGAAUGGGGUGGUAUGUGAUCUAAAUCAUCCUCUUCCUGAUCUUCCUGCUUUGGCAAGCCCUAUGGGUUGCGGGGAGACUAGCUCAUCAAGAACCCAGAGUUUGGACAUUGAACAGCUUCUUUCCGAUGCCGAACAGCCUGGGACUUCCAAACCUAGUGGUUGUCAGGAUGGCCCUCUAGGACCAGAGCCAAGCAGCAGGUGGGCCAAACGUCUAAAGUUGAGUUCUUCAGGUUCUGCUCAUGGUAUCAAGAGCUCAAAAAUGGGAGAAGCACCUACCCAUGAAGAGGGCAAUAAGUUCUUCAGCAAAAUUUUAAAACGCGGCAUAACCGGUUCCGAACCCUCUCUGGGUAGAUGUCAUGGUAAGGAACAGAUGGAAUUAGGUCAAAAUGCAAUGUUAAUAAGGAAUGGUGGGUCCUCUUCUGUUGAUUCAGGGAAGAAAAGUCAAUAUGUAACACUUUCACAUCCUUGGAUUCGGAGGUGGUGCCAUAAUCGGGUUGCCAAGAAGAGGCCUGAGGCUGUGGUGGUUUGUGAGCCACAAUGUUCAAAGGCACCAUUAGAUGGGUUUCAAAAGAAGCAAUUUCCAAGCAUUGCUGCUAUGGCAUUGAUGGGGAAGGCUAUGUGUGGUUUCCCUCCAUGUGAGUAUAAGAAAAGAGGGCCUUUUGUUGUUUGGAAUACCAAAGGGUCAUAAAAUAACUGUGCUCCGAGUAAUAUGGAUUCAUUUAAGAGUAAGCAAAGAGAUAUGUGGAAAGAAAGAGUAAACAAAGAGAUCUAAUGGAAUAUUGCCCGUUCCAGUUGUUGAAAAGGACAAGAAAUGCUUUGGCCAUUAAUCAUAGGGAGGAGAUGUAGAUUGUUUUCUUUUCCAUUUCUGGUUCUGAACUUGCUGUUAUUUUUCUUCUUUCUUUAGAGGAAUAUGUUUUCUCGGGAAUAUGUUUUCUCGCUGCUUGGUGGGAGGAACUCCAAAGAGGAUUGUUUCUUGACCAUGGCAACUUCGAAGUGAGGAUGGCACAACCAGAACUAGUCUUGUGAUAAAUUCAAAAGCACCUGUCUUGCUGCUGAUGUGGUCUGCUGUUUCUCCCUGAAUAACUAGAGUGAAAAUCUAAGUACUGCUAGGGAACCAAGAAUUAAAUUCAUUCAAAAAAAUGAAAAAAAGGAAAGAAAAGAGAGAGCGUGCAUCUUCAUGCUUGCCCUCAUGCAACCACACAGAGACAGACUUGUAUAUAUGUGAAAAGAGGGAGAGCUUAAAAAUUCUAUUUUAUGUAUCCUGUAUGUGUAUAUAUAUGCUUUUAACAGUUUUGGUUGUUC